UGAAUUGAGAGUUCUCAGCUGAUUGAAGACAACAAUUUUGUUGGGGAUAUAUUCAGGUGUGGCCGGACUAUAAGUUGUCACUGUGUCUUUCGUAUCACCUAUCAUUAUUACUCUUCCACGUGACUGUAUACCGAAACUGAACAUUUAGUCACAGAUAUUAGUUAGAACAUAAAAGGAAAAAAAAAUAGAAGUACUGUAUAUUGCACUACUAAGUCGAGGCACUCUUGAAAUUCUCAUCUGUACAGUUCAAGAAAUGCGCGACCACCAAUAACUAUACAACUGCAUAUAUCGAGAACAAAUGUAAACAAUUAAUCAUGGAUUGGUGAAGAUAUUUUUUUGUUAAAAGUGAUUACAGUAUUCUUCAUUAAUACGGAGCAGAUAUUGCAAUGGCAAGUGUCAAAGUCCCAGAGCAGAAAAUAAUUUUGUGUGGAGAAUAUGGUGUAGGGAAAAGUUCACUUUUCCGACGUUAUGCCACAAAUACAUUCGUUACAGCUACAGACAGGAAGUCUACUCUGGGAUUAGAUCAUUAUGAAAAGGUUUAUCGUACUGGAGACAAAGAAGUAAAGCUUCAACUUUGGGAUACGGGCGGCAUGGAGAGAGUAGCCAGUAUAACGUCUUCUUAUUACAAGUUUGCUGAGGGUGCUAUUCUAGUGUUUGCACUAGAUAAUCCUGAUUCCUUCAACAUCCUAUCCCAGCAUCUUCUAGAUAUUGUAACAUAUGCUGAGAGUGCCAAGAUAUUCCUUUGUGGCAACAAGUAUGAUCUCAAGAGUCAAAUUCAAGUCACUGAUGCUGAUAUGGAAAACUUUUGUGAACAGUGUCACAAUCUUAUAUCUGGAAUAUAUAAGACCUCCUGCAAGACUGGUGCAGGAGUUGAAGAAAUGUUUGCUGACAUAGCAAGACAGCUCAGUGACUCAAAUAGGUCUCGGAAAGAACUUGAGACUAUGAACAAAGAUUCUUUUAAAGUGACUCCCCCAGAAGGUGAACCUGAAGACUCGUGUUUAUGCUGAGGUGAAAAUAAACCAGGGAAAUUAGUUACCUAUUGAAUAUAAGUUCGGAUGAGCAGUAAACUGUGAUGACACCACUCAGCAGUCUUCUUGCCCUAAAUGUGCACAUGUUUUCUUAAAUGAAACAUCAACAGAUUAUUUUACAUCUAAAUGCGGGUGUGUGUCAGCUGUCCAAGCUUUUCAUUCAUAUAGGAAUCUGUCAGUGUACAGUCACUCGUGUGUAGCAUUAUAUUAACAGUAAUUUAUGAAACAGAUUUUGGUUUAUUUACAAACUUUACAAUGGACUAUGUAAUUACCGUGCUAUAUUCAGUCUGGAAGAGAACACUUUUCAUUAGUUAUUAGGUGUUUGGAUUUUUAUAUAGUAGAACUUAAAGAGUAUCAGUGUGAUGCAUAAGAUACUUGUGUAUACUAGAUUUUGUAUUUAUAAAGAAAUAUUAUCUGGCAAAAGAAGUAUCUCUAUUGUACUAGUCUCUCCAAGUUUGAAUUUUAUAUCAUUAGAAGAGUGUUCAUUUUAUUCUUGCAUGCAUCAGUCAUGUAUAAUUGCUUCUAAUUUUUAUACAUGAAUAUCAUUGUCAGUGGCAGAUCCAGAUUGAGUUCAUUAAGUUCAAACAAACCUUCCCUUUUUAUGAACUAGAGAAUCAGAAGUAUCAACAGUUCACUUAUUUUGAAAACAAUACUAUGCAUUUUUAUAAAUUCGAAAAAGUAUCAAAUCUUAGUUCAGUAAAAUUUCCACCAAGUGAUUGACACUGAAAUUUUGUUUGAAAGCCAUACAUUUUGCACAUGCUUAUUGCUUUCUCUUAGAUUACAUAUGUACAUUUUAAAUUUAUUUAUACAUGCCAUAUACCUCAAUUCAUUUUUUUUUCUGGGUGGGUUGGGGGGGUGAUUCCCACCUGGAAGUAGUGAAAGCAUUCCUAUUUGUCCUCUCCCCACCUCAUCCCUGCCAGUGCUCUACUCACCAAGAGCCAUGAGACCCAUGGUGCUGUUCUGUGUAAAGACAGUUUUGCCAUCAUGUUUAGCUGCUGUGCAGCCUCAAUCUCUGGCAUCAUUUAUUCAUAAUUUGAAUUACUUUUACCAUGAACACCUCCCUUACAAAUCUAGAUCUGCCACUGAUUUUGUAUUGUGUGAUUGGUAAAAUAACAAACUGAAUAUAGUAUAGCAUAAAAUAAACCUUUCAGAUUCCAUUAAAAGUAAAUGAGUACGUUUCACACAAGGAACCUCUUUGAAAGAUAUAAUAAUAAUGUCAGUUUUUAUCUCCCUUUCUGUUACCCCAUUCUGAAGGCUAAGACAAGUGUGUUAAAUUAAUGCUUCUGAAAUUUGUUUCUGCAUUCUUAGUUUUUUUAGUUACCGUAUAUACUCGUGUGUAGUUCGAGUUCGUAAGACCAAAUUUUUAGGCAAAAAAUUGGGGGUCGACCUCUACAUAGGUAAUAGUUUUGUUAGGUUGAACCCGUGCAUGAUGGG